CCAUUUAAAUCGGUGCCAGGAGAGCAGUUGUUGUAGGGGGUUAACUGGGAAGAACAGCACAUUUUUCCACCUUGCUAGCUCAAGGAUUUUAAUCAGCAACCUUUCGGAUACUGGCCCAAUGCUUUUAACCAGGGCAUCCCAACAUCCAUUUUUCUCAUUGAACCAUAGGAAUACAAUAGGUGACAACAACGCAGAGCACCCAGAGACAUCCAACUAAGCGAGGGCAAAGAUGGACCCAACUGCAGUACCACUCAAUCAGACCAAUUCUAACCUGUCUGACUCUGCCUGCAUCAAAAAUGACUGGGUGGACGGGCACAUGUACCUAGCAGCCUACUCCCUCUUCUUCAUCAUGGGCUUCCCGGCUAACUGCCUGUCUCUGUAUGUGGCCUGGGUGUUAAUGAGGAAAGGAAACAACUUGGCCGUGUACCUGGUGAAUCUGUCCAUCUCAGACCUCCUCUAUACGGUCUCCCUGCCCGUAUGGAUCGAGCUGGCCCUGGGUCGGCCCGUAGGGGACACCUUCUGUAGCCUGGUGUCUGUGGUGAUGUACAACAGCUUCUACAUCGGGUCUGGUCUCCUCUGCUGCAUCUCAGUGGAUCGCUACCUGGCCGUGGUCUAUCCUCUCUACUUCAACUGGGUGCGGCAGGUGCGUACUGCAGUGGCAGUUUGCGCUGCAUUGUGGUGUGUAGAACUGUCUAUCCACAUCUAUCUUCUUCACCAAAAGGGGGCCCUGCAGGACUUCUCCGCCAGGCGGCUGUGUAAGGAGGGUAUGCCCAUGGCCCAGGCGGACGCCCACGUUGCUCUGACCAGGGUGGUUCUGGGGUUCCUGCUCCCCCUUCUCAUCAUGACCUUCUGCUUCCAUCAGAUUGUUUUGGCACUCCGCGACAGUACCUCCUUGCUGGCCCGGGAGCGGAGGAAAGUCAGCCUCCUGUUGCUGCUCCUCCUGCUGACAUAUGUAGUGGCCUUCGCCCCCUUCCAGGCUGUUAUGUUCCUCAGAGGGGUGCUGGAACCAGGGGAAUGUAGCAUGGCAGUGAAGCUCAGGGACCCAUACAUGGUGCUGGUUGCCUGGACGACACUCAACAGCAUGCUGGACCCUAUUUUCUACUGUCUCAUCAGUCAGAGUGCCAAGAACGAGAUGACUAAAGUGCUGCAAAGAUGCAAUAGAUGCAGCAGUCAGUUAAAGAAGUGCAAAACUAUUUACACAAUUACAUAAGCUAAGAAAUUAUUCAUGAUAAAUCCACUAAAAGUAUUUUACUGUGAAAAUGUCAUGUCAAACUUGCUUUAUGCUACAAUGCUUGUUAGAAGAAAAAAAUAUGAAUUGGGACCUGUAACUAGCUGCUCUUGUGUGAGUGACGUUACAUUGUUAGUAGACAGUAGGCUCCAUUAUAGAGUACUGUAACUAACCUUAUUUGCAAUAUAUUCAAAUGGUUCCUUUGUGAGGCUAGUAUAGUACUGCUGUUUAACAAUUCACUACUGUAUAAUCUUGUUAAAAUGUUUUCUAUGCAAAUUUAUAUUCAGACCCUAACACAUAUUUCUGUGAAGGUACAAUGCCUGAAUAGUAUCUGAUAAAGUUAUGGUAUCCUAUAUCCUACAACUAUUUUAUAUGGACAACCAACAGGUAAUUGCCAAAAGAAAAGAAAACCAACAUAACCUGUAAGGCAUUGGGCCACCACGAGCCGCCAGAACAGCUUCAAUGUGCCUUGGCAUAGAUUCUGCAAGUAUUUUUCCACGACAAACUCCAUCAUUUGGUGUUUUGUUA